AUGGCCAACUAUGUGCACGGCAAGACGACUCGCCGGGAGCUUCAACGACUUACAGGGGACCAGAUGCAGAGUCGGUGGCGGACCAAUAUCAAGAAGUUCUGGGGCACGCUGUACGACAGUAUACAUCGCGCUGGGCUGGGUUUAACGAAGAGGGACGUCGCAAACGGUAUAACCUCGAUAGAGCAAAAAUUGGAGGCGAGAUGUCCUGAAUUCUUGCGCAUUAAGGUGCUCUUUAGCGAAAUGUCCAACAUUAAACCAGCAGGUACUGUGGACUUGGUAUCCCCUCUGGGACCACUCAGCUAA